AUGGAAGCUAUUCUUGAUUCCAUCAAUGCUAAUUUUGGGCAGCGGCGGGACUAUCCUCCCACUCAAACUGCACUCAAGGGCAUCAGGAGUGCCCUUGAGAGCCCCCUGAAUACUACCGAUGGCAAGGCUAAAACAAUGGCUGGAUAUUGCCGACUCGCAUUCGAGCAGGAGCUGGCCACCCAGCCUGUGGAAUGCCAUGGCCAGGCAGUCAGCGAAGUCCAAAAGAUCAUUCGCCAGCUCUCUCUUGUUCUUCCGGCCAACCAUCCCUGGCAAGAUGCCACGGUGAAGUGCAUGCACAUUCUCCGCGAGGAACCGGGCGAGUUCGGUGGGAUCUUUGAAGCCAGUGAGCACUAUUUUGUUGACGCUCUCCGUUCUAACCCGGUCCGUUGGGGUAAGGUCGAAGAGCCUGCUAAUAUCCAGCAGGAUAUCGAGAAGUGGAAGAACCUCAACUCCUUUUUGGCCCGUGUCACCGGCACCGCAGGCGGCACGGAGAACGUGAGAGGUAGGUGGAUUCCAUGGUCCAAGGACGCUCUGCAUCGGGCUCUCAAUGUUGGCGCAAACACAAACCUUGAAGCUGACAUCAUUGAGUGCUACUUCUGGGUGGCCACUGAGUGGCUCCUGUGCGCUGCAUAUGAGAUUCUGGUCGAGUUGAGCAGCCAGAAAGAUGAUGCACCCGUUCCCUCCAAAUGGAGGACCUGGAUGGACAAGCUCAUUGAAGCUUGUGCUAACCGCCAUGACCUGGGACUCAGUGAUGAGGUCUACUCCCGGAUCUUGGACGCCGUGCGGAGCAUGGCAGUUGCCGAAGCAAGACUUGUACAAACCUGA